AUGGGCUUGUUUGGAUUUUCUAAGUCUAAGCGGACCUCUAUGCGUCCUGAACAAGCUACUCAUUCCCAUCGCCCCUCAAGCAAUAACAAUAGGCACGGUGUUGGACCAAAUCCGCCCUCAAAUUACUAUCCAGGACAUCCCCCAGCAAAUACACCGCAGCCUCCCGCUGGAAGCGAUUCACCCUACUCGUUCCUUUCACAAUUUGAUACGAUUUUUCUCAUCGAUGACAGUGGCAGCAUGGCUGGGCGGGGUUGGAGAGAGACCGAGGCCGCAUUGACCGCAAUCACACCGGUGUGCACGCAGUAUGAUGCAAACGGCGUCGAUAUCGUUUUCCUGAACCAUGUCAAUGCUACUACUUCCCCGGGAACCGGCGCAUAUCACAAUGUAACCAUGCCAGUUGAGAUCCACGAAAUUUUCACGAGCGUCAGCCCACGAGGCGGUACUCCCACUGGACGGAGGCUAAACCAGAUUUUGAAGCCAUAUCUUGAUGAGUUAGAAGCUCGAAUGAGGCAACAACCGGGAGCUAGUUCAGAUACUCUUCUCAAGCCGUUGAACAUCAUCGUCAUUACUGAUGGUGUCCCGACUGAUGAUCUGGAGAGCGUGAUCGUUGGUGCUGCACGGAAACUCGAUUAUCUUAACGCUCAAGCGUGGCAGGUGGGGAUCCAGUUCUUCCAAGUUGGAAACGAGCCGGAAGCCGCUGAAGAUCUCCGCCAACUUGACGAUGCUCUCGCCGGUCAGCGAGGUAUUCGCGAUAUGGUUGACACAGUGCCGUGGAGCACGCAGAACGGUGGGGUGUUAAGUGGGGAUAGCAUUUUGAAAGUUGUUCUUGGAGCUGUACACAGGAAAUAUGAUCGCAAAAAUGUGUCCAGACGAAGAUGA